AUGAAAAAAGAUCAGGUCCCAAAGUUCUUUUAUAGGUCUCUGGCAGGCUGCGAUAACCUCUUGACAGCAGAUAAAGGACCAGGACUAAAGGAUAAACUAAGAUUCUGGAAAGGGUCAAAAAGAGGUGGGAAAGUCCAAGUCCAAGAAGUGGAAGAUGGAGUCCAAGUGACAGAGGAAAUAUCCGGGAUCGUUGACAAAGGAAAGGACAAUAAGAAGAGUGGGAAAGAAAAGCAUAAUGAAGAAGAACUACAAACUCUUAGGUCUGAAGUAGAAAUACCCGAGAUCGUUGACAAAGGAAAGGACAAUACGAAGAGUGAGAAAGAAAAGCAUAAUGAAGAAGAUGAACUCCAGACAAACACAGAUAAAGGACCAGGACUAAAGGAUAAACUAAGAUUCUGGAAAGGGUCAAAAAGAGGUGGGAAAGUCCAAGUCCAAGAAGUGGAAGAUGGAGUCCAAGUGACAGAGGAAAUAUCCGGGAUCGUUGACAAAGGAAAGGACAAUAAGAAGAGUGGGAAAGAAAAGCAUAAUGAAGAAGAACUACAAACUCUUAGGUCUGAAGUAGAAAUACCCGAGAUCGUUGACAAAGGAAAGGACAAUACGAAGAGUGAGAAAGAAAAGCAUAAUGAAGAAGAAAUACAGACUUUGAGGUCUCGAGUAGAUGAACUCCAGACAAAUGCAGGAGGAGUAAGCGGAGUCGACGGGAAAACCACUGCGGAUGACUUGCCACCAUCCUCACCGCCAGAUGAACCCCAGACAAAAGCAGGUAAGGCUGCUUCCCCACUCUGA